UUUAUUCCACACAUUCUUAAAAAACCUGCACCUACAUUACCCACAAUGCCACUCUCAGUUAGAGAUUGUAGCUGCAAGACUAAAGCUCAAAGCAGAAGAUAAUCACAUUCUUGGAAUCAAAUGUCAAUUUAUUAAUUUUUUCAGACAUUCAUCUUAAAAUAAUUUUGUUUUCUGUGAAGGAUCAUUUUCAUAUUUUAACAAUAAUUCAAACAGAAGAAAGGAAAAAUAUUACACCCUGGUUGAACAGACCACAACAUGUAGACUUAUGCAACCAGUGAUAAGGGGUCACAUGCACACAUAGCUUUGCCUCAGGGGGUCACAAGCCAAGACAGACAGGGAACCACUGAUUUAGACUGUGUCAGACGUGACAUGAUAUUUGGACAAAGGGGGCACCACAGCCAAAUAAAGCAAUAACAACAAGCUUGCUUCAAGACGUCAGAUUGCAUCACAUGUCUGUCCUCUGACUCUUCAGAGAUGAGUGAUGCUGCCAGCCCACCUGCUUCUACAUCAUCACUUUAUUCUCUUGUGACAAAUACUCUAAAGGUGAACAUAGCCUGUACGCACGUACGACACCUCCCUCAUUCAGCUGUAUUCAUCUCUAUUCAGCUCCCGUCUCUGCACCUGCUGGUCUGAGGGGAGCAAAUUGACAGAUCAGAUAGCAAACAGAGAGGCUAUAUAAGAGCAGCACACUGCAGUUGGGAAGACUGGCUGACUGAAAAACUCAGAGUAAACACUGCACUCAAACACAGCUUGGUCUGUUCGUUUAACCUCUGCAAGUUUUUAUCAAACGACACACCUCAAUGUGUAAGGGGCUCUCCUCUCUGCCCACGUCAUGCCUGGAGAAGGCAAAAGUGAUGAGGGUGAAGUUGAGCCAUCUGGCUGAGACUCACCACAAGCACAAGGUUCAGGAGGGAAAGACUCCUCAUGACCUGGAAACUCUGCUUAACAGCAAAAGCGGUCUGCAGGCGUUUCGCAGCUUCCUGUGCUCAGAGUUCAGUGAGGAGAACCUUGAGUUCUGGCUGGCCUGUGAGGACUACAGGGUCUCUCCUUCAAACCUGCAGAAGACCAAGUCCAGCAUCAUCUACAGCCAGUUUAUCACCCCUGAAGCUCCACAGGAGGUAAACUUGGAUGCUGAAACCCGGGAGGCUUUGUUGAGUGUGACGAACUCGCCAUGUGCCGACACAUUCGACAAGGCACAGCAGAGAAUCUACAGUUUGAUGGCGAAGGACUCCUUCCCGCGGUUCCUGCGCUCCCCUCACUGCAUGGAGGCCAUCAAAGCUUUCUAAACAUGCUGUUCAUUAACACAGACCUGCUUUAGAAACAAGUGCUGGUGAAUCUGUACUGCUUGAAAUGGUGAUUAGCAAUUAUUUUAACAAAUAUCUUGUUUAGUGAUUGUUUUCCAUGUGCUGUCCUUGCGCACUGUUUGCAUAAUGCAUGCUGUUAUUGUCAUGACACUGAGUUGUAGACAUAGUUAAAAAGUCUCACAUAGAUGCCUUAAUUAUGAAACCUAAAUGUAGAGAGACUGCAUAAGCUACAAGUGACACCCACUCAAGAUUUAAAUAAAUACCUCAUAGAAGACAACUCAAUAUGUUGCAUUUAAUGGCAUCGGUAUCAAUAAGCUCUAUUUUUUUCAUGUUCUGGCAUGAGCUGCUUUAGACUGAAUGUUGACAUCAGAGCAUUGCUCCGCCUUAUCACUGGCUGGUUUGCUAUCACAGUGCUGGUGUGUGACUGGAUUAGCGGCCUUGAGUAAAGUCUCGCCCACUUCUGUAGCUGAUGGUGUUUAUUCAAGAGAACCUUGAGCAUGCUUCACCUGGCUUCACCUUGGCUUCUUAAUCCAAAGUCAGAGCAGGGCACAAUGGUGCAUCACUGUGGUAAUGUUCAGUCAUUGGUGUAACGUCACUAUGCAUAUUUACUCAAGUA